CAGAGAGAGAUUACAAGCAAUCUGAGAGAAGGUGGAUACAGAGAGAUAAAGGAAGAUGAAGAAGGUGAACGUCAAGAUGCUUGCUGUUUGAUGCAGCUACACUGUGGGCAUGCGGCUGCCUGCACCGAGUGUUUCCCUCUCCACUCUCCAGCUGACUGGUGCGAGUCCUGCACUCAUGUCGCUGAGUGCUACUUUGUUUAUCUCUCCACAAUAGCGUAACAAUUUAUUUAUUCAACUCAGAGAGGAGACUGUAUCUUUAUGUUACUUUAUGCUGGCUGACACACUUACCUCUGGACUCUCUACUGGACAAAGGAUCACUUUGAGCAUCGUGAAGAACAGAGGCGGUCGAUGUGGGGCUCAGGAAGUGUAAACCGACCAGGGCCGGUCCCUGCCUUCCUCAGGAGCCCGCCUGUCAUCCCACCCCCGCUGGACAUGAAGCCCUUCCUCCAGUUCCCUCUGGAGUCGCCUCACCCGGCCAGCAUCGGCCUCUUCCACAACUUCAAUACGAUGGACCCUGUCCAGAAGGCAGUGAUGACGCACACCUUCGGGCCACCUAUGGUGAAGACAAAGCGGCCAAUCAUCUCCUGCAACGUCUGUCAAAUACGUUUCAACUCAGAGAGCCAAGCAGAGGCCCACUAUAAGGGGAACCGCCACGCUCGCAGGGUGAAGGGGAUCGAGACAUCCAAGACACCUCGUCUGCAAGAUGGUGACAAGCAGAACCCUCCCCCUCCUGCUUCGCCCUCCCCACCCGGCCCUUUGCCAUCCAGUCCUGAGCCUGAUCCUAAUCAUAAUAAGCAGGACGACACUCAAUCCUGUCCCAACUCUAAAGAGCCACCUUUGACCCCCAGCCGCCUCCCAACACCCACACUGAGCUCCGCAGACACCGAGUGCGCCCUCCUGCCUUCUGUCAGCACGCCUUUGCCGUCCUCUCCCUCCCCCUCUGCAGCCCUCAGUACCCCCCCUGCUGACCCAGCAGCGGCUGGUCUCCCUGACACCCCGUCCCCAGCACCCAGCCUGUCUUCAGGAGAGUCAGAGGAGGAGAAAGCCAAGAAGCUUCUCUACUGCUCCCUGUGCAAAGUUGCUGUUAAUUCCCUUUCUCAACUGGAGGCACAUAACAAAGGUACCAAACAUAAAACUAUCCUGGAGGCUCGAAGUGGACUGGGACCCAUUAAAGCGUAUCCACGCUUGGGUCCUAAACCCAGCCCUGAGCAGGGAGGGGAGCUGUCCUCUGACCCCAACACUCAGGAACGUACCUUCCACUGUGAGAUCUGCAACGUCAGAGUCAACUCUGAGCUGCAGCUGAAACAACAUAUAUCCAGCCGGAGGCAUCGGGAUGGAGUUGCAGGGAAACCUAAUCCUCUUCUCAGUCGGCACAAGAAGCGCACAGACUUUAUGGAACUUCCAAAAACUCUGGGGGCCGGACUUUUACCAAAUCCCCUCGCUGUUGCUGCAGCGAUGGCAGCGGCGGCAUCCUCAAAUCAGCUGGCACUGCGUCCUCCAGGCCCGGCUUCCCACCCUCACCCCCAUCACCACCUCCUACAGGGAACACAUCUCAGCCUGCUGAGGCCGGCCCCGGGCCCCAUCCGCACCACACACGGGCCAAUCCUCUUCACUCCUUACUAAUGGUGAAAGAAAGAGAACGAAUCAGGAAGAAGCACACUGUGAAUUGGAGGCCGGAGACUUUGUGCCAUCAAGAGCCAAAUCGGCUGGUGUGGCUCCAGCUGGUGUUUCAUUAUAUUUAAAAAAAACAGUGAAUAUAAACACGACUCUUCAUGGUGCAUUGUGUAGAGAUGUUUGUUUCCAUCCUCUCCAGUUUCCCUUCAUCACUCUCGUCACUAUCUGCCAACGAUCACACCGAUUCUGCAGAUACUCUGAAGAGGAACUUAUACAGUUUCCAUCGAGCACGGACUUCUUUGAGCAUCCACCAAUCUUCAACUGACUAAAUAUCUUCAUCUAUUAUGUGAUCCAUAGCCUCAGACUCAAAACCCUACCUCUCUUAUGUUUUUAAUGCUCAUCUCUGCAAAGACUCAUCACGUAUCCAAAGCAUUAAUGUUAUCAAACAUGCCCACUGGGGUUAGACAUAGUAGCUGCCUCUGAAGUUAGUUGGCAUCAUACCGUAGCUGUCACCCUAUAGAGGACUGUACCACUGUAAAGUUCUGCUUUUGUGGCCUAUGAAGAGAAAAAGGUACCCACAAUUCCCACACUAUUUCUGCAGUAUCUGGCAAACUUUCUUUGCAAGCUAUGUCUGCAUUUUCACAGCUACCCUAUGUGAUCUAUCUUUACCUCUGCAGGGUGCAAACAGGAAGUCAAAGAGGAACAACAAGUGGGUACCAAUUACGCAACGUCUUAAAAAUGAAGUCAUGCGCACAUUAAUUACAUUUGUGGUUUGACAAAUGUGGAGUUGUUAUGAGGACGUAAUUGGCUACUGGUGCACUAUGCAGCUUUUAGAGUUUUUUGUCAUGGUGUGUGUUAAAUGCAGUAAGGCGGGAGAAAAUAAUAAGCAGAUAACAAGAAGAAAACCCCAUGCGACAUUAGUUCCUCUCUGUAAGAUAUGAUGCCACCAGUCAGACUGUUUCUCCAAUCAUCUCUAAAUGACCACUGAGAGCAAGCGUGUGGAUAAAAGUCUCACAAAGCACACAAGUAAAAGUCUGUGGUGAGAAACCUACAUGUCCUAAAUACAUUUAAAA